AUGCCCCUCCUCAGCAUCAUGAAGGCCCCUGUCUACGUGACGCUUCCGUCCGUAACUACCGCGGAGCACUCGCUUGCGAGCUUCAUCACCAUCUCGGUUGACGCGCCUGCCGUGAAUGCCCUUAGCAGCCACCAUGCCGCUCUGAAUCUAGGUUUCCCCGUCCAAUUGGCCAAUGGAGGUCGCAACGUGAAUAUCGCGAGCGACGCCCCCAACUUCGACUCCGACCCUGACCCCGACGUCGACGCGAAUGUGACUGCGCUCUACACUUCAGUCGUUCGCGCUACAGACUCGCACUCGUCGAACGGCGACUCGGACGUCGUCCCCGCUGUUAUCGCUGUGGCGGUCUUCGUUGUCUGCGUGUUAGCGAUCUUGAAGAUCCUGCAGAUAAUCCGCGCAAACCGCCUCGCGGCCUCCGACGCGGAUUUGGAGCUCGCGGUGCCACGCAUGUGGGAAGUUUCUCCCCACCGUGCGCAGGGACCGCUUUUCGAAGGCAGGUGGAACGAGAUCAUGCCCCUCGUCGCGCAAGGACGCACUGAAGGCAGCGCUGGGCUAUCUCGCCACAUGUCGCUUGCUACUGAGGGUCCUGGGACCCCGAUCGGUCGUCGUGCCAGCGACGAUAGCGGUUUGGAGCUCCUUCCAUUGAGCAUAGAAAGAAUGGCUACUCCGUCCGUCGACGGGGAGCUUCACCUUCCUGCUCAGGUCGCGGUUGUCAUUGCCAUGCCAAGCCCCAACGAUCCUAUCUCGAUCCGCCAGUGCCAAUCUCCUAUUCCGACUGCGCUCUUUAUCGGAGUAGCAGACGUCUAG